UUUCGUGGGUUACGAGGACAACUUAAAACUGUGACCAGAUUUAUGAUUAGUGCAAAAGCCCGUAAUUUGGCUAAAAAACAAGAAUAUUGUACUCUGUAUCCUGAUGUUCUUGAAUGUCAAUUUACACAAAAGUGGAAAGUUCCAGAUGUAAAAGGCAUACGAAUUGGCAUUGAAGAGGAAGAAGAAAAUAGUGAAUCAUUUCUGGAAGAUAUUGAAAGUGAUCCAGAGAAUGAAUAUUAUGAAAAUGAAGAGGGAAAUUAUAUUAAUAUUUGGGACUAG